CUCACAUUUGUAACGUGUCUUUUUAGUUGUUUAAGUUUACCAAAAUAUUGAUAAAAGAAAAUUAUUAUUGAUUGCUAUUGGUAAAAACUUUUAUUUGCCAUAAAAGAAAUAAUGGCUCGACGUGGUAAAAUAAAAUACAAAGAUGUUGUUAAGAAACCCAAUAUACAACAUAAAAAAAUUAAAAACAAAAAAAAUAUUAAACCCAGAAAAUCUUAUAGUUUAUAUGGAACUAAGAAUAAAAGAAAGUUUGUGGAUAAUAAACAUAUAGAUGAACCUUCUCAAAAGCAACGAAAAGUUGAACAAAAUCAGCAAGACGUUGAAGAAGAUUUAUCCACAUCUGAAGAAGAGCCUGCUGAUUUAGACAAUCUGUUAAGUACAUUUUGUAAUAAAUUACCAGGAAAAAAUUCUUUGGCAAUUGAUAGUAGUGAGAGUGAAGAUGAAGAAUCUGAAGAAGAAAUGAAUCAAAGCCUGGAAGCUAAAGAACUUGAUCAACAAUUAGAAAAUAUUGAAGGUAAUGAAGAAAUAGAAGAUAGUGAUGAGGAUGAGUUGUCAAGUUGUGAAGAUGAUGAAGCAGCCAAUAUUGAAGAAACUGAUGAUACAGUUGAAAUAAAGGAUAGAAAUAUAAGUGAAGGUGAUGAGAAUAAUGGAGAAACAUUGGACAGUGAUGAUGAAGAAAGUAUUUGCUCCUUAGACAUUAACAAAGAAGAUGAGCUUGUAAAUGAUGAGGAAGAUCAUUUUAAUCAGCAUGUUUUGUAUGAACUACAUGAUACUAUGUUAGAUUCUCUUCAAAGUAGUCCUGUUACAAACAACACACUCCAGAAAUUGUGGCCAGUUUUAGGUAAAUUAUCAAUUCAAAUUCCCAAGUGUGACAUAUCUGGGGAUGAGGAAAAUAAAUUUACUAUAUCUGAAAAAAAGAUAUAUGCACCCCAAGGUACUGUACCAACAAGAUUAACACAUUAUAAUAUAGAAAAAUUAUAUAUCAAGCCUCAGAUUGUUACGAAUCUUCCAAAAGUUAAUAAAAAUGUAACAAAUUCAGAAAAUUUUACUCCAUUACAAGAAGAAAUAUUUUCCAUUAUUAAUAACUAUCAAGAUUUUUAUUAUCCUGGCAGAACAUUCAACAAUUCAGAAGAAAUAAGAUUUAUAUACUGUGUUCAUGCUGUAAACCAUAUUUUAAAAACAAGACUUAAAAUCAUUCAUCAUAAUGCUAGAUUAACAAAAAAAGAUGAUGUACCAGAAGAAUUUAGGGACCAAGGCUUAGUUCGCCCAAAGGUUCUAUUCAUCUUACCGUUUAAAGAUUCUGCCUACAAAACUAUCCAACUGAUAAUAGAUUUAAUACUUCCAGAAAAUAAAGGGAAUGUUAUGAAUAAGAAUAGAUUUAUAGAAGAUUAUACUGGAAAUGAAUUAUAUUUACCAAAGAAAAAUCCAAAACCUGAAGAUUAUGAGCAACUUUUUCAAGGCAAUACCAGUGAUGAUUUUAAAAUUGGUAUUACAGUUACAAAAAAGAGUCUAAAGCUGUAUGCUGAUUUCUAUUCAUCUGACAUUAUAAUAGCUUCACCCCUGGGGUUAAGAACAAUCAUCGGAGCGGAAGGAGAAGCUGAACGCGAUUAUGAUUUUCUAGCUUCAAUUGAAUUGCUGAUAAUGGACCAGGCAGAUAUAUUUCUCAUGCAGAAUUGGGACCAUGUUAUGCACGUUUUAUGUCACUUACAUAUGCAACCUAAGGAUUCACACGGAACUGAUUUUUCUAGAGUUAGAACCUGGAGUUUGAAUGGCUGGGCGAAAUAUUAUAGACAGACUCUUAUAUUUUCCUCAAAUAAUUUACCAGAAAUUAACGCAGUCUUUAACAAAAAAUGUCAUAAUUUUGCUGGAAAAGUUAAAGUAUUUAAUCCUAUCGAAUUUGGUUGUAUAAGCCAAGUGGUUGUACAGAUUCCACAUGUAUUCCAUAGGUUCGAUUGUAAAAAUGCAGCAGAUGCUAUCGAUGCGAGGUUUGAAUUUUUUGUAAAUAAAAUUUUACCCCAACAAAAGGAAACUUUGAUGAAGCAUACGUUAAUAUUUAUUCCAAGUUAUUUUGAUUUUGUUAGAGUGAGAAAUUAUUUUAAGAAAGAAGAUAUUGGAUUCGUACAAAUUUGUGAAUAUUCUAAGGAAGGAAAAGUGGCUAGAGCGAGAGAUAUGUUCUUCCACGGCGAUGCACAUUUUCUUUUAUACACGGAGAGAUUCCACUUUUUCCAUCGGAGAAGAAUUAAAGGAAUAAGGCAUAUAGUCUUUUAUCAACCACCAACUUUCCCAAAUUUUUAUUACGAAAUGUGCAAUUUAUUGCAAGAAAAUAAUCUAAACAAGAAGUCUGGCGGAGUAUCAAACAUGACAGUUUCUGUUAUGUAUUCUAAGUAUGAUAUAUACCAGCUUUCGGCUAUUGUGGGAACAGAAAAAAGCGCAAAAAUGAUACAAUCGGAUAGAAAGGUUCAUAUGAUGGUAACAGGAAGUGAUUAAAACUGAAAAUACGGUAUUCGCCAAAAAUAAAUACUAUCGAAGCUUGAUAGUACGCAAUACCAAUUUAUUUGGGGGGUUUAACUGUCGUGGAAAUGUUUUUUACAACUGUCGAGAAAGUGUUUAUAGUAGAAUAUUAUUUCCGCCUAUACGAAAACACACUGGUAGUGUGUUGUGUUAGCUCAAGGGCUCUUUCGUUUAUCUAAAAACAGUUCUUGCCAACAAUAAUCAAGGAGGCGUUCUCCAUCAGAUCUUACAGUCUCCAAAACGAAGCCUUCGACGUACUGCUUGUAAACUAAAUAUCAGUGAAAUAUCUACACGUCGACUGUUCAAAUCUCUUGGUGGUUAUCCUUACCGCUUUCAAAUUGGAUAAACACUAAAAGUUGCAAACAAACGUGCAAGAUAAGUUUACUGUGGCCGAGUGUUGAGUCUAGUGUACGAAAAUAUCAAUUUCUUGAAGUAUGUAUGUAAGAAAGUCACAUUCACUUCAACGGUUAUAUUAGUAAGUAAACAACUCCAUUUCUUGGAUUUGAACGCCUAGAUGUUAUUGUAGAGAAACCAUUUUACAGUGAACGAGUAACAGUAACAUUUUGAAAAUUGUUCUGACAACACCUAACGUAUAGAUGUGAUGUAUUUGGCCAUGCUGAAAGAAUCAAAGUCAGAAGUUCGGUAAGCAGAUAUUAGAGAACUGCGACAAAAGAUAAUAACCUGUUUUCAACAACUGCCUUAACAACUCUUUAUAAAUAGGUUGGAUAAUCUACAAAACAGUUAUGAAGCUUGUUUCAACCGCAAUGUUGCGCAUUUUGCAAAUACAAUGUUGACUUUCAGUACUAUUUUUUUGGCGAAUACUGUAAAUUGAAUUACAAAUUCAAAAAUCAACUGUAAUACCGACUUCUUUUAUCGAUAAGAAAGGUACGCAUGUAGUGGUGGGCCAACCUGCGAUUUUUGUGUAGCUGUAACAAAAUGUGACUGCUACAGUAUUGUCACGGUGACAAAAAGCAGUGAUUUUUUGGAGCAGUUUAAUAUUAACUGCUACCCUGCUACUAUUGCAACAUAUACACACAUGGUUAAACCGUGUCGCGACGAAACAUUCUGGGUGGGAGUAGAGUUAAGUUAAAGACCUUAAAUAAUUGGGUUGAAGUUAUUAUUCCAAACAUCCAUAAUUUACCUGGUUGCCACGUUUUAUAUAUUUUAAAGUCCUACAGAUAAUUUUAAAAAAUAAAUUUAAAUAUAUAUAUAUAUAUAUAUAUAUAUAUAUAUAUAUAUAUAUUAUUCAGGAUAUUGUAAACAUGAUGACGGCCAACGUCUGAAUACGGACACGGCACCCAAAGAAGAAGAAGAAGAUAUAAAUAAAUAUAGUUAACUUAAAAAACAGUGGAGAUAUACUAAACGCUAAAGAAAGAAUAAAGAUAUCUACAAAAAAAAAAUCUAAAUCUAGGUUAACGC